AUGCUACUCAUCUUUCUUACAUCACUUAUUUCUCACGGAAUAGCUCAAAUUCUCAAAUUAGAUCCUGGUAGUGUACAAGGUUUUGAGUACAGAACAAAUAGUGGAGAUAUAGCUGAAAUAUAUCUAAACAUACCAUACGCUGCACCUCCUAUUGGUGAUUUGAGAUUUGAGAAGCCGUCUCCACCAAUUCCAUGGGAUGCGGUUCGUAAUGGUACGGCUUUUGGAGCCACUUGUCAUCCUCAUGCUUAUCAAGCUGCGCUACAACCUCAGCCCAACGAAGACUGCUUGACGCUUAAUAUCAUUCGUCCAAAGAAGAGAGCCCCAGAAGGAGGUUACCCCAUCCUUGUAUGGGUGCAUGGUGGUGGCUAUGAGAUUGGCUCAGCAAGCCUUUACGGUUAUAAAGGAUUUGCAGAUAUAUACAUACCGCACGACCUUAUUGUUGUCACCAUACAGUAUCGCGUUGGCGUAUACGGUUUCUUUUCAACUGGUGACUCGCGUAUUCCUGGUAACCUUGGGCUGUUUGAUAUGGCAGCAGCAUUUAAGUUCAUUUACGACAAUGCCCAACACUUUGGUGGUGAUCGCUCACGGAUUACCGCUUGGGGUUUGAGUGCGGGUGGUAGUGCUGUUGGCCAACUUGCUCUUAGCCCUAUCUCAAGAGGUAAAAAUUCUACUUCAUAG